GCUAAAUGAAAUAAAUGAUUUUAAAACAUAUAACGCAAAGCACACAUAACGCUUCUCAUACCCUGAAGUACUUGUCGGCAAUCUUCUUGUUUCGUGCAGACAAUUAUCAUGUACUUUAAGAUGAUGAAGUUGUGCCUUCUGAUGUUGGUGGUAAACAUGUCAAUAUCCGUAAAGUUUGAAGAAGAAGAUCCUAACGUGAGUUGUGGACACCGUCUCUAUUUUUCUAAUGUCAACUGGUACACCGCAUACAAAAUUUGUGAGCAGGAAAACAAAGUGCUUGUAUUACCGGAAUCAGAUAUUUUUACUUUUAAAUCCGCUUUAGAGCAUUUAAUCAAGGAAAGACUUGACGCUGGUUUUUUUCAUUAUUAUUCUUGGAACAAACCUAACGUAGAAGUAUGGAUUGGAGCAUUUUUAAACACUUCCACCAAUGAAAGCAUGGACAGUCGUUGUAAGCCAUUUGACAUCGAUCUGGUUCCGGACAAAUCGCAAAAGAGAGAUGAUAUUUUGUGUAUAUAUUUUGAUUUAUCGACUACGAAAUUCCAUGCAGAAAGAUGUGACAACAACAAAAAAUCUUUUUUCUGCUAUAACUUCAAAAAUGAAAAAACAAAGUGCAUGAUGACAUCAAACAGGAAUAUAUUGCAUAACGGAGGCAAUUACGGUUUGUGCAGGGAUGCAGAAUACGGGAAGGGAAACAGCUAUUUUACGAUAUUACCCAAUGAUACAAAGGAUUAUGUUUACAAAUUUAAUUUAAGUUGCUCAAGUUUUACUCCGUUCAUAGGAAACAAAGGAAUAAAUCAUACCAGCAAAUUCAUGUAUUGGCCGCAUCCUCCGAUGAACUUUCCUGACAAACCACUAUCUAAAUGGUGUCCAGACCUUCAAGAGAGGAUUGAAACUAGGAAGAAGACUUUGACCAUCCAUAAAAAGGAAACAAGUAAAUACCAACGGACGCUGAUCAGUGCCCCCGAUGACAGGCCAACCUCUAAAUAUAUGGGGGUGACUGGGGCUUUAGUCAUUUCUCUCGUCGCUGGGAUAAUUGUCUGUAUUGACCUUAUGAACUUUUGCAAAAAAUUUAAACCUGUACGGGUCAAAAUUGAAUAACGAUGAGAAUGAAGUACGUUGUCCUUUUCUCAGGGUAUAUAUGCUGCAGAUGUGCAGCAAAUUUAUUGUAAGACAACUUUCUCGUUUGCAGAUAAUUACAUUUAGCAGCAAUCGAGCCGCAAACAUUUCAGUACUUAUUUGAAUACCUAUGAUUUUUUUUUUAUAUUGACAUAACAUUAAACAUUUAUGCUAUAUAAAGAAAUUGUUUAUCUAUAAACUGAAUUGAGUCAAAAAAGAGGAAAUUUAUUUUUGUUUCCUUUUUUUCUUAACUUUAAUAUUUGGCACAACUUUAGAAACAAAAGUGAAGUUUUUUUUCCCUUUUUGUCAAUAUAAUUCUGCAAUUUGUUUGUUAAUUUCAUCCUACUUAUUUCUUUAGGUAAAUGUCUAACAUGCUAUGCUCAAAUACAUGUACUUAAAAAAAUAUUCAAACAUUUUAGACAGCAUAUCUCAAAAGUUUAAUCAUCAACAUCAAAAGUUGUUUUUUUACAUGUUUCGCUUAAUAUACGGUUGUAAUCAACUUCUAAAAUGAUGUUACCCUGUUGUGACAUCACAAUGAAUUUUGCGUAUUUCUAUUGAUAUGGUGUCCGGAGUUUUGCGUAGAAUCCUAUAAAAUAGGGAUUAAAUCAUUGAAAUAUGAUUGAAACGUGAUGAAAAAAUCCAAAUCUUUGAGUGAUUGCUAUGUCUUUGCUUUGGGAUGGAAAAGACAACACUUCUUGAAUUGAAAUCGUAAACUAUCAUAAAUGAUCAAAAAUGAUGACGCAUCCUAUAUUUACAUCACAAAUAAACGGCAAUUUAAAAAGUUCACAGGUCAUAGGUCAGUAUGACGUCAAAUGAUUACGUCAAAUAGGUUAUAAAAAACAAGUAUAUAGAUUUGUUUACAAUAAUUAUUUAUCACAUGUUUUUCAUUGUAUAUUGAUAAAACCAUUACAUUGAUUUUUUUUAUAUGGCAACAUAUAUGUAUAUUAGCCUUUGGUUGCUGUUUAUUUUAGCCCUCGUACCUCUCGGUCAAUGAGUGGACUGUUUUGCAGUCUGAGUUAACGUCAACUUUAAAUUUCUUUUUUCCAAAUUGUCUCACCAAUUGUAAUUUUUUAUCUCUUUCAAUGAUAAAUAGUUAUUCAGGAAUGGGGUUACGUGGUAUAUUUCUGUGAAGAGAAAAUAUUAAAUGUUGUGAUCCUAUUUUGCAGGUAUAAAUCAUCCAAAUACUAGGUUUUUUUAAGACAUCACGAUAACUAAAGAAUACUGACAUAAUUAAUCAGAAAAUGUUGUUUUAACAAAUGUUGACCUCUUCCCGAGAUUUCGUUCAACAAUGAAAAUUUAGCUGUUCAAGGGAAACAUUAUGUUCAAUCUUAUCUUAGAACAACUUUUUUAUAUGCGCUUCAUUUUAAAUUACAUUGUAAGGAACGAUACUAAUUAUGUUCUUAUUUCAUUGAAGACUUAGCCGACUGCAAUUAGGUUUUUGGUGUUAUAUAUCGAAAAAUAAAACAUCUUUAGAAAAAUGGCAUUUUUUGAAGUAAAUAAUGGAAUAUAAAAAAAAAAAAAUCAUCAAGUUGGUCAGCAUAAACAAGGAAACAACUUAUAACUGUGUAAAGUGUAUAAAGGCAGUAUAUUAUGCAUUAGCUGACCCCCAACAGUAGAAGAUAUUUUUUAAAACAAGACAAUUAAAUGAUAUUUUCAAGCUUCCAUUUCGUCGACAUUUUAAACGAAAUAAACUCACACAAUUUUAUUUACUGACCACAAAUGUUUGACCGAACCCCCAAGAAAAAUAUUUCUUUGAGGUAGUGCAAUUUUAAAAACGGAUUUAAAUGAAAAUUGAUUAAGUAUUGUUGUUGUUUUUUAUGUCCAUGCAAAAGUGUACAUAUUGGUACUAUUAACUAUUGCGUACUUUUUAGUGUUUAAGGUCAAGAUCUAGUAAAUGAAUGGUACCUACAAGUUAAUAAAAUUCGAGAUAUAAUUUCUUUCAAUGAUGCCUCAUGACAGUAGCUUUGUUUUAUAGGAUGUA